AUGGAGCUCAGGGCCCCUGAGACCCCUGAGGAUGGGGACCCAGAGGAGGACACAGCCAAGGCCCUCCAACGGCUGGUGGAGCUGACAGCCACCAGGGUCACCCUGGUGAGGAGUCUGCAAGUCCAGUAUCGCCUCAUCCGAAAGCUGGGCUCUGGCUCCUAUGGCCGUGUGCUCCUUGCCCAGCCUCGCCACGGGGGUCCAGCUGUGGCUCUGAAGCUUCUGCGUCGGGACUCUGUCCUGAGAACCACCUUCCUGAGAGAGUUCUGUGUGGGCCGCUGUGUCUCCUCACACCCAGGCCUGCUGCAGACGCUGGCAGGACCCCUGCAGACUCCCCGCUAUUUUGUCUUCGCCCAGGAGUACGCGCCCUGUGGGGACCUCAGCGGGAUGCUCCAGGAAAGGGGCCUCCCAGAGCUGCUGGUGAAGCGGGUGAUGGCCCAGUUGGCUGGCGCUCUGGACUUCCUCCACAGCCGGGGGCUGGUGCACGCAGACGUCAAGCCAGACAAUGUGCUGGUCUUUGACCCUGUGUGCAGCCGUGUGGCCCUAGGUGACCUGGGUUUGACCCGGCCGGAGGGCAGCCCAACUCCUGCACCACCAGCCCCACUGCCCACUGCACCGCCUGAGCUCUGCCUCCUCCUGCCGGCCGACACCCUGCCCCUGCGACCGUCUAUGGACUCCUGGGGCCUGGGGGUGCUUCUCUUCUGUGCAGCCACUGCGUGUUUCCCUUGGGAAGUGGCCUUGGCCCCUGACCCUGAGUUUGAAACCUUUGCUUGCUGGAUGACCACCAGGCCCCAGCCUCCUCAGCCACCACCACCCUGGGACCAGUUUGCACCCCCAGCUCUGGCCUUGCUCAGGGGGCUUCUAGACCUGGAUCCUGAGACUAGGAGCCCUGCACUGGCUGUCCUGGACUUUCUGGGGGACAACUGGGGGUUGGAGGGAAAUAGAGAAGGACCUGGGGACUUGGAGAACGAGUCCUAUGAGGGUGGGGAGGAAGAGAAAGAGGGAGGGUCAAGCUUGGAGGACUGGACAGAUGAAGAGGAUGACGACAAAGGUGGCAGGAAGACAGGGACAGAUGCAGGAUCGUCCUGACCAGGUGGCCAGAGCAUGGGCCAAAGGCCCUUCCCCCAGCUCUCAUGGCCACCUGGAUGGGGAGACAGCUGCUCCCAAAGGACAGAGGGAACACACUGCACCUCUUCCCACUGAAUGCUGGACUUGGAUGUGCAAUCCCCCUUCCAACUGAGGACCCAGGGGUCUAGGCCCCUAGCCC